AUGGUCAGCAAUCUUCCUAAAGAAAAUGUCUGGGAUUAUCCACGUCCACCUGCCAUUGAACCAGUCCAAGCACAUCUUAGAGUUAUCUAUAACGAUGUGGUACUGGCUGAUACCACCAGUGCAUUACGCAUCUUGGAAACAGGUCAUCCUCCGACAUAUUAUAUUCCUCCGAACGAUGUCAAACAAGAAUAUCUCAAACAUAACACCAAAUCAACGUACUGCGAAUAUAAAGGUUUAGCAUCAUAUUAUGACUUCAAUCCACCUGAUGGUCAGCCGGUUGUAACUUCACGAAUAUGGUCAUAUGGUAAUCCAAGUGGAACUAAUGGAAAGUAUGGCGAUGUAAAAGAUUAUUUUAGUUUUUAUGUUGGACCAUGGGAUUGCUAUGUCAAUGAAGAGAAGGUUGAAGCACAACCAGGUGACUUUUAUGGAGGAUGGAAAACAAAAAAUAUUGAAGGCAAAGUCAACGGAGGAUCUGGAGCAUGGAGUUUAUAA